AUGGACCCUUCAUUGAUGCAUCAACCCUACUUCCAUGGGCUUCUGCCUCGCGAAGACCUUCCGAAAAUGUUGAGGAAGAGAGGCGACUUUCUGGUUCGAACAACGGAGCCGGUGAAGGGACAGCCGAGGAGUCAUGUCUUGUCUUUGAAGGCGCCGUUGCCAACAGAUAGGGAGUCGGUGAGUGUGAGGUUGUUGGGGUACGAUCUUUAGGUUUUUUGCUUUGAUAUGGGUUAGGUUUUGGAUAACUGAUAUUGUUGUUUCACCAGAUAUCCAUUUUACAAGGUUUCAGAGACAUUGAGGCCGAUGUAGGUAACGCAUUUUGAUAUAUAUUGAAAAUUGUCAUGUAAAAUUGGAUAAAAUUUGAGAUUUUGAAGCCUUAUAGAAUGUUUUGUAAUAUCUACCACUCGGGUUGGAUACACUUUGUCGUAAUGUGACAAGAUGGGUACUAUUAAGUAAACCACACCAAGCCAGACUUGGAUGUUUAUGUUUGCGAUUUUUAGUGAAAACCAAUCUUAUACUGCAACUUUUUAAUGACAAAGCUAAAUGUAGAUAUAAAAUUAUAUUUAGAUCCGUCAUUUUAUUAUCCGCUACGAUUCUGGUACGUUUUUCAUUCAUCAACGUCGCUUUGACAGCAUUAGCAAGCUUAUUGAACAGCACCUUACCAGUGGAGAACCUUUGAAUUCGGUGGGUUUUAACUGUCAUAUCUUGGUGUAAAAUUUAAUACAGCGUCAGUAAAGUGUUAUAUAGAUAAAGUAAAGUUUAAACAAUGUUUAUGUCUUAUAAUUUUAUGUUAUAGUAGGUGUUGACGGCUCAAAUUUUGGUUUUUAGCUAUAAAUCUUGUUAAUUUACAUUUCAGGGCCACCCAGAAACAACACUCCAGUUCCCAGUGAUCCGCCAGCAUUGGGAGUUGAUGCACAAUGAGAUAUUUGUUUCAAAACAGAUUGGUGAAGGUGCUUUUGGUGCAGUUUGUCUGGGGAAAUGGACCUCGAGGAUCACUGGCCUGACUGUGGAUUGUGCUAUUAAACAGGCGAAACUGGAGAACUUAAACAAGGAACAAAUAAAGGAAGUCAUGAUGGAGGCGAGGGUUAUGAGACCGUUGAAUCAUCCGAAUGUGGUAAGGGUAAUGAGAGGAAUAAAACUUUUCGAAAUUUCAAAAAAAAAUUUUAAAAAAUUAUUUGUUUUGUAUUUUUUGAAAAAAAUGAAAUUCAGGUAAAACUUUACGGUGUAGCCGCUCUCCAGGAGCCCUUGAUGAUCGUGAUGGAAUUCGCAAAACAAGGCGCGCUUAACAGUUAUCUAUCCAAGAACGAGUUAUCAGUAGACAAACGGACUGAAAUGUGUUUCGGCGCAGCCUGUGGCAUCCAUUACCUACAUGAAUGUGAACUGCUACACCGUGAUAUUGCAGCCCGUAACUGUCUCUACAGUGAUGAUCAGGUCAAGAUCUCGGACUUUGGUCUGACUCGAGAUGGUCCUGUGUAUGACAUUGACCCAACCAAGCCCAUUCCUGUCAAAUGGAUAUCUCCAGAAGCGGUUGGCACGCUCAAGUUUACUUAUAAGACUGACGUUUGGUCGUAUGGUAAGGAGAGGGGUGGAUAAUAUAUUUUUUUUUGUUUUUUGGGGAUGUUUUGGCUUUUUUAAAUUUUAGGUAACAUUAUUAAAAAUUUUUUGAUUUGUAGGUAUUGCUUGAGUACCAGUGAACGAAUUUUGACAUUUGUAUAUCAUUUUAGAUAUUUUUUUGUUAAAAAGGCUAAUUGUAAAAUUUUUAGGUAAUAAAAAUGAUAUUUUUAGGAGUAAUGUGCUAUGAGAUUUACUCGUGUGGUAAAGACCCAUACUCUGAGCUGGGUAGUGAUGUUGUACGAAGAGUUCGAGAAGGAUAUCGACUCACAUUCCCAGACGAAACACCACAGGAAGUUAGGGUAGGUCUAUAUUGUUGUAGGUUAAGCUUGCCUACCCUACUUAGCGCCUCCCCUCUUCUCAUAAGAAAGAAAUCUUUACCACCCACCUUUUCAGCCCUCUUCUUUACCAAAACUUCAUUUCAGCCCCCUUCUCUCUCAAAACUUUCUCCCUACCCUCUUAAAAACCACGCCCAUGUUCACUAAAGCAAUUUGAGCUAAGACCUUAGGCUUGAACCCUACCAUGAUUAAUAUAUUGUCUUAGUUCCUGGUGAUGAACAAGAUUUUUGCCGAAGAAGCGAUUCGUCCCACGAUGGCAGAGAUCGUGAAGUACUUGGAGAAGGCGUGUAACCUCACCGCACCACCUUUGAGUUUGCCCAGAAGCAGUGCUACCCUCUCAGCACGAACGUCUCGCAACACUAGUAGUGUGACGAAAGGCAAAGGAAACUACAAUAAAUCAUACCACAGAAGACACUACUGA